AUGGCGGCGGCGGCAGCGGCGGAUCCAGGUCCGACUGAGGGCGACGAGCAGCGCCCCGAUCGCGGCGGUACCAACACCGGCACCACCACCACCACCACCGGCGGCACCGGCAGCAACAACAACAGCAGCAACAACAGCAGCAGCAGCAGCCCCGGAUCGGUGGAGCUGGCGGCGGCGAGGCGGCGGCUAGUAGCGGCGGAGGGUCGCCGUCGGGCGGCGGCGGAGCUGGAGGGCCGUGUCCGGCAGGUUCACUGCGCCCUGCGGCACGCCGAGCUCCGCCUGGCCGCCCGCGCCGAGGCCCUGGGCCGCCUGGGAGCCGGUGUGGCCCAGGCCCAGCUGGCGCUGGCGGCGCAGAGCCAGCGGUUACAGAAGGGGCUCCGCCGCCGCCCCCGUCCCCGUCCCGCCGCUCUCCUGGCCGCCGCCCGCGCCCUCCGCAGCUGCGUCCCCUGGGCCCCCGCCCGCCCCCGCGGCACCGCUGCCCCGGCCGCUGCUGCCCGCCGCCUGCCCGCCGCACCCCGCAGCCCCGCCUGA